AUGCACUUCGAUCUCCUCAGCCUCAAAGCCAAGAAGAGCAUUUCCCAGCUCCUAUGCAGGAAGAACGAUACAGAGAAUAACUUUGCUGGCAUCGAUCGUAACUUGAUCGAGAGGGGCACAACUCCAGUUCCUUCACCAGACAAAGCCUCCGUCCGGCCAACUGCAAACGAUUCGCCGUCGAGCAACGAGAGUCCCUCAAGGCGAAAGGGUCUUGUAGGGUCGUUGAAAGAGAACAAGUUGCGAAGCAUCAACUCUUUACGCAGUCUGCGAUCACCAACCAAGGCGAAGCAGCCCGAUGGAGAUGCUUCGCCUUGCACUGAUAGUCCUCACACUCCAAUACCCCGCCCAAGGUCGUCUCUUCUGCUCACCUUCCAAGAGUCACCGGCUGAUGAACCCUUAUUUGACCUAAGCCGCACAGACUCGACCAGUUUUGGUCAUGACUUUUGUUAUUCUUCGCCACUGCCUAUCCCUUCAUCAGAGAACCAGAAUCCGCAAUCGUUUGCCUCACCCUCUGUCUUACCUGAUGGCACUAUCCCCUCUUCACCAGCUCCACUCCGGAAGCUCCUGGACCUAGACCAGAACCUGAAUGAAGAUUUCCCAUCCCCAAUGUUCGGCCCGGCAUUCGACCUAGACUUAGCUUGUGUGGACUUAUUGGUUCCCCUUCAAGAUGAUAUGCAGGAGCCUCAUCAGAUCCAAGGCACUUCACGAGAAAUGACUGGAAUCGUCCAAGCCGCUGUAGAACACCGCCAUGUUCCAACCAAGAGUCCUGAAAGAGAACAACCCAACACUGACGGCAUCACGGAAUUGGCCAAUGAUCACAGGUUCAUACAAGAGGAUUCCAACGUUCACAAACUGACGGAAAAGUUUGAUCAGCACUGCAUUAACACGAAUGAAGGCAUGGCAGACCCCUCUGACAAUGUGUUGAUGAUCAUCGGCAAGGAAUACAUGUUGAGAGUCUUCCACAACGGAGAUCUCAAACGCCGCAUCGGUAUAACGGCAUAUGACGGCCAGGGUUAUGCCUCUAGUAACGAUUCGGAGAUGAUUCUUGGCCGCCGUGAGGAAGACUUUGCUGCCGCGGAAAGGAUACUACCUGAACUCGGCAGAUUCGUUGUGUUGAAUAGGGAUAUGCUUGGAAACACGAGCAGGGAACUGAUGCUCGAUGAGGCCCUUGCAGAAGGCGUACUUCCCGAAUGGUUGGAUCUCGACCUGGACAUGGGGAGUUCCGAGCGAUUGCAUAGCCGUAUCAGCAACGCUGGCAAGCGACAGAACCGCGAAAGCACAUGGGGACAGCAUGCCGGGCUCUACGACGGAACCGGCUACGGAACGGGAUCCAGCUCGCGUUCUUCGACGGCGGCGGAGACUGGGAUGGAUGAUGCUUGCCAUUAUGUUGAGAAAGGCAAUCCUGAGGACGACGUUGCCGAUAUACUCCCUGGUGUUUAUGAGAAGACCUAUCCAUUUCGCUCGACACCCGACUCGUCUUGCUAG